AUGAUUAUUUUUUCCUUAAAUAUAAGAGGAGGAGGAAGUCGGGCCAAGAGGAAGAGAGUUGGCUAUCAUAUUCAAAAAGGAGAUGUUGACAUUUGUUUUAUUCAAGAGACAAAGUUAAGUGGCAUAGAGUGUAAUGUUGUGAAAGAAUUGUGGGGAGACAAUCAAGUGGAGUGGUCGUACUUGGAUGCCAACGGGGCGUCGGGAGGAAUACUUACGAUGUGGAAAAAGGAUCUCUUCAAUCUAAUCUUUAGCUUCCGAGGAGAUGGUUUCUUAGGUCUUUGUGUGGAGAAGGAUGAUAAACUCAUUUACUUUGUGAACGUGUAUGCUUCUUGUGACAUAAUGUUGAGGAAGAGGUCUUGGGAUAGGUUAUGUGAGUUCAAAAAAAACAAUAUUAAAGGUGCUUGGUGCAUAGGAGGAGAUUUUAAUGCUAUCACUUCUUUGGAAGAAAGAAUCGGGAGAUCAAGCCGGAGCUAUAGGAGGGAGAUAAUGCUUUUUAAUGAGUUCAUUGAGGAAAUGGAGUUGGUGGAUCUACCUACUAUAGGAGGCAAGUUCACAUGA